AUGCAGUCAAGAAAUGUAAAUCCUCAGAGGGAAAAUAAUUUGAAAAUUACAGAAACAAAUCUUACUAUAAUGAUUGAAUUUGUUCUCUUGGGCUUUGCUGAUAUUCCCCAAUUUCACUGGUUUCUGUUUGGGGUUUUCUUAGUCAUCUAUUUGAUUAUCCUGUUGGGGAAUGGCAUCAUUAUUCUAAUAACAAAAGUAGAUGCCACUCUUCAGACCCCCAUGUAUUUUUUCCUCAGCAUUUUUUCAUUCCUAGAAAUAUGCUAUGUAUCGGUCACUCUUCCCAGGAUGCUCAUGGACAUUUGGACCCAGAAAGGAAAAAUUUCUGUUUUUACCUGUGCUACACAAAUGUGUUUCUUCCUUAUGCUGGCAGGCACAGAAUGUUUCCUUCUGGCUGUGAUGGCCUAUGACCGCUAUGUGGCCAUUUGUAACCCUCUGCACUACCCUCUAGUUAUGAAUCCCAAGGUCUGUGUCCAGCUGGUGGUUGCUUCCUGGAUCAGUGGAGCUCCAGUCCAGAUAGGAAAUACAUACCAGAUUUUCUCUCUGCCCUUUUGUGGUUCUAACCAAAUCAAUCACUUCUUCUGUGAUAUCCCCCCAUUAUUGAAGCUGGCUUGUGGAGAUAUCUUUUACAAUGAGAUGAUGGUCUAUAUACUCGCUGUAUUAUUUCUCACUCUUCCUUUUAUGUUAAUUCUUGGGUUCUAUACUAGAAUUAUCUCCAACAUUCUGAAGUUGCCAUCAAAAACAGGACAAACCAAAGCCUUUUCAACUUGCUCUUCCCAUAUCAUAGUUGUACUUUUAUUCUAUGGAUCAGCUGCUGUCACCUAUUUAAAACCUAAAUCCAAUCAAUAUGAAGGAAUAGACAAACUGCUCUCUCUUUUCUACACCAUUUUGACCCCAAUGUUUAAUCCUAUGGUAUACAGUCUGCGGAACAAAGAUGUGAGAAAGGCAAUAAGAAAAUUUCUUCACAAAUUAUCAGCAUUGUGA